CGCAGCUAGCCGUUGUGACGUCACAUCCAAACAAGAAACAUUUUGCUGGUGAUUAUUGCCGGAUGGUUCAAACUGAGUGGAUUUUCUCUUGAUAGCCAACUUGUAUCAUAAUGUCUCAGGAUCCGUGGUUACAGAAUUAUGAUGCCACAUGUCGCUUGGCACAGGAAAUAGCAGAAAACAUUCAUGAACGGAACAGGCAGCAGAGAACCGGGGGAAACCCUGCAAAGAUCAACAUGACACUACGGGCAUCACAGCAGAAGCUCAAACAGAAUAUUGCUCAGCUUAAAGAGGGUUUGUUGAGAGCAUCAUCAACUCGACGCUUAAUGCAGCCAGAAGCUGAUAGGAGGCAGAACCUUAUUGAUGACCUGCUAACCAGAGAGAAGCACCUUAAUGCCACCUUCAGAGGAGACAUCACAGAGUCGGAAUCUUCCAGGUCAACAUUGAUGGGCACAGGGGCAGGAUCAAGUGGAGGUGUUACAGCCAAUCCCUGGCUGAUCAACGAAACAGAGGAGACCAAAGGGCUGAACUUUGGAGAGAUCAAACAGCAGCAACAACGAGUAAUAGAAGUCCAGGAUGCAGGCUUGGAUGCACUAGCUGCUGUCAUCAGCAGACAGAAGAUAAUGGGCCAGGAGAUUGGCAACGAGCUGGAUGAACAAAAUGAAAUCAUCGACGACCUCUCGCAUCUUGUGGACAAGACGGACGACAGGAUUCGUAACGAGACACGCAGGGUGAAGCUUGUGGAGACAAAGUCAGCCUCCUGUGGGAUGCUGGUGGUGAUCGUCCUGCUUCUUAUAGCCAUCGUAGUGAUCGCCGUGUGGCCUGUGUAGCUGCCGAGGACAGCAGUGAACACGGACCUGUGCUGAACAACCACUACAAUGACAGUUUACCGCAGAAUACCAGUUUGAAACCUUUUGCAUCUACAGUACACACACGGACAGUCAUUUAAACACUGUCUCUCAUCAGAUUUUUUGUUUAUUUUCAUCUUUAUCUUCACAUUGAGACAAAGGUCACUGGUUCCUGCCCAACCAAGCUAAGGUUGGUCGGUUGGGUGAACGGCAGAAGAUUGUCUCUUUACAUAUUGCUUAGGUGUAAAUUAUUCUUUAACAGUUAACGUGUUGUCUGGCUCAUCACAUUCUCAAUGUAUCAAGAGUUAAAUUAUUUAGAGGAUUGUAAGCCUUUUGAAAAAAUGUUUUGUGGCGAAUGUUGACCCAACAGCAGGACGUCCCGCGGGGAGCCGGAGCUUUUCUUUCACCAGGCUGUGAGCGCGGUCCGCGCUGAGGCUCUCACUGGGUGCAGUUAUUCCGCAAGCUUUGCAAUAUUCACACUCACUUAUAUAUUUACCCAUGCAUUACUGUAGCAACUGUAAUGCUAUCAUUUGUCUUGGGAUUUUAUAACAUUUAUAGAAUAGCUCUCAGCCAAAACAAACACCUUGGCUGUGUAACUAACAUGGCUGUUUUCCUUCCUUGUAAAUCAAUUCAGCUUGUAAUUUCUAAUAAAUGACAUUUCCAGUUAAUAGUC